GCACCGGGACCCGGCCCUGUGCCGGCCGCGGGGGUUAGGGGCGGCCGGGCGCGGGGCUGCUGCCACCCUCGGGCCUGCGUCUGGCGUCGCCGCCACCGUCCCUCCUCCCCGCCCUGAGGGCCGUCUCCGCCGGGGGGCCCGCCGGAGGUGGGGUGGCGGCGGCGGCGGCUCCCGGGCUGUGCGCGGCAGGUGGCCGGGAGGGAGCAAACACGCCUCUCCAGCUGCCGCGGCGGGCCCCGGGCCGGACGGGCUGUGAGCAGCACCUCCAGCACAGGUCGGAGCGGGACAGGCCUGAGCCGGCAGCGGUGCCGUGGGAGCGGCUUCUCUUCACUUGUAGGGCUCAGAGAUGGAUUCACCAGAACGCUCAGUAAUCAGGAGUGAGCAGAAGUCCAGAAAAUUCUUGAAAAGCCUCGUAAGAAAGCAGCCUCGGGACCUGCUUCUUGUGAUUGGCACUGGGGUGAGUGCUGCAGUAGCGCCGGGAGUCCCAGCCCUGUGCUCCUGGAGGAGCUGCAUUGAGGCUGUCAUUGAAGCAGCCGAACAGCUGGAGGUGCUGCACCCCGGAGACGUGGCUGAAUUCCGGAAGAAAGUGAGCAAAGACAGGGACCUGCUGGUGGUUGCACAUGACCUCAUCAGGAAAAUGUCACCACGUACCGGGGACACGAAACCCAACUUCUUCCAGGACUGCUUAAUGGAGGUGUUUGAUAAUUUAGAAGAGCACAUCCAGAACCCUGUAGUUCUGCAGUCGAUUCUGAGGCUCAUGGAGAGAGGCACAAUGGUUCUGACCACCAACUAUGAUAAUUUACUUGAAAUAUUUGGUCAGCAGCAGGGUAAACCUAUGGAGUCACUGGACUUGAAAGACAAGGAUAAGGUUCUUCAGUGGGCAAGAGGCCACAUAAAAUACGGAGUUCUUCAUAUUCAUGGCUUAUAUACAGACCCCUGUGGAAUGGUGCUAGAUCCCUCGGGAUAUAAAGAUGUUACUCAGGAUCCUCAAGUCAUGGAAGUUCUUCAAGACCUGUACCGCACUAAGUCGUUUCUGUUUCUGGGCUGCGGAGAGACUCUGCGUGAUCAGAUAUUCCAGGCUCUCUUCCUUUAUACUGUGAAGAAUAAAGUGGAUUUGGAGCACUACAUGUUGGUGCUUAAAGAAAAUGAAGACCACUUUUUUAAGCUUCAGGCAGAUAUGCUGCUUCAUGGAGUAAAAGUGGUGUCCUACGGAGACUGCUUUGAACAAUUCCCAGAGUAUGUUCAAGAUCUCUCUGCUCGGAUCUGCAAGCAGAGAAGUCCAGAUGCUGAUCGAGUGGACAGCACAACGCUGUUGGGAGCUGCAUGUGUGGACUGUGCUAAAAGGAAGCUGGGAGGGAACAGCACUGACUCUCCCAAGAGAAUCAAGCAGUCAGAUACUGAUAUGCCCUCUACUGAAUGAAAACCACCCUGGCCAGCCAGACCCAACCCAGAAGCUCUUUACCAGUAGAUGUUUUGCAUCCGCUGUGUGCAAAGUCUUGAGCUGAGUUACUUCCAUGGUUUUAAGUGGAAUAAAAAUUUGCUUCGUUUAGCCUUUUCUA